AUUCUGCCAGAUCUCGUAGGAAAAAACUUGUGGAUUGAAUAAGUCAAAAAGUCUUGCGAUGUUUCUUACCUUUACGCAGGAUUUUUUCCAUGCUGACCCUACAUAAACUAUGCAGGGUUCUGUCAGGACUGACAGUAUAAAAAUCCUGCGUAAACGUAAGAAACAUCGCCAGAUAUUUUAAUACUGAUAACCCGCGGGAUCCUGCAUGAAUUCUGAUUAUUUUUUUCAAUGGGUAUUCGUAUCUUUUUCUGUAAAUUCUUUUUGUCUACUUUAGGUACGGGAAAAAGUAAAACUAUUGCUGGAAUUGUUCUCAAACUCUUACCAAAACUAGGAAACAAAAAAAUUUUAUUAUGUGCACCAUCCAAUAAUGCUUGUGAUGAACUUACACGACGUAUACUCCAUCAGUUUGAUGAACUUGAAGAAGACUAUAAAGGAAAGGUAGUACGUCUUGCUUGUCAACCACCGGACGACCAUCGAUUAUGUGAACAUUUUCUUGAUUUUAUGGUCAUGGCUACACAAAGUCUAGAGGCUGAUUCUUUAUUACCUUUUCGAUUCGGUUGUGCAAAAGUAAUAAUGGUUGGUGAUCCUCAACAGUUACCACCAUGUGUUUUGAGUCAAGCUGGUAAAGAAUAUAAUUUAUCACAAUCAUUGUACUUAAGAUUAUAUUCAAUACUUAAUGAUGUUGAGAACAUUAAUUCUCCAGUAAGUAUGCUACGAGUUCAGUACAGAAUGCAUCCAGAAAUAUGUCAAUGGCCAAGUGAAUUCUUUUACAAUAAUCGUUUACUAACACAUCCUACUAUCGUAACAAGAUUGGAGGAGUUUCCAUUGAAACCUCUUUACUUUUACAAUAUUGCCAUCAGUCAACAUGAACAGGAUAGUGCCUCGUCUUCAAUGAAUCGUACAGAAACAUCUCACAUUCGAAAGUUUUGUACACAUUUAAUAUUAUAUCUUUAUAAUUACGAACAAUUGGACCAAGAUGAUAGUACAAAUUCAGACACGGAUUCAUUGUCUUCGUCGUCGAGUGAUGACGAAUCUGUCUUUCUAAAUCUUAGCGAUCCAAUUAUUAUUCAAAUACAACAGCGUAUAGCUGUUAUCACACCCUAUCGAGCUCAAGUUCGUCAUUUACGUUCACAACUACCCAAUCAUAUUGAGAUAGGAACUGUCGAUGCGUUUCAAGGAAAAGAAAAAGAUAUUGUAAUUAUAUCGUGUGUCCGCAGUGGAGGUUCAAUUGGCUUCUUAGAAGAUUCAAGACGCCUCAAUGUGAUGCUGACACGAUCAAAAUAUGCUAUGUAUUUAUUUGGUAAUUUUACUAAAUUAAGUGAACAAAAUCGAGAAUGGAAUGCAUUAAUUCAAAAUGCAAGAGGUCGAAACCUGUUUGAAAAUAUCGGUUUUCUAGCUCCAAAAUUACCAUUUAAAUGA